AUGGCGGCCAACGACUCCGCCUCGUCGGACAGCGACGUCCACCAACAUCACCACCAUCAUCACCAUUGGUCAGUCCCCGGUGAGAUUCCGGUCCCCCAUGGCCCGCCCGGCGACCACGACAGCGACGACUACCCCGUCCGCGAUGCCAGCGCCGACGAGCGCCGGAUCUUCAGCCAUGUCACCCGCCCCGACGACUCGUACACGCCCGACGGCGUUUACUGGGCCGACCUGCCAUGGAGCAAACGCGUCAGCUUCGUCUCCAAGGUCGACCGCGAGGCUGCCGCCCAGGAGCUGAGCACCAUCGGCUCCAUGAUGAAGAAGGAUCCUCUCUCUCCCGUCUCAUGGUACUUCCGCCACGCAGUCAUUCCCGGUGCCGGCCUCGGUCUCGAGGGCUACGUUCUCUUCUCCAUUGGCAACCUGGAGCCUCUCUUUAAGCAGGUUUGGCCCGAAUGCUGGUCCACCCACACCGUCUGCAGUAAGAACUGGAUCGCCAGUGUCACCUAUCUCGAGAUCAUUGGCAUCAUGGUCGGCCAGCUCUUCGUCGGUGUCAUUGGCGACUGGGUCGGCCGCCGCUGGGGUCUCAUCCAGGACGCCGUCAUCAUGCUUAUCGGUCUCAUCAUGCUCACAGCCAGCUGGGGCCUGACGCUCCAAGGCUGGGUCAUUUGCUACGCCUGGUCCCUCUUCUUCUACAGUCUUGGUGUCGGUGGCGAGUACCCCAUCACUGCCACGUCGUCGCUCGAGAGCGCCGUCACUGCUGGCAAGCUCUCCACCAAAGAGGAUCGCCUGCAUCGUGGACGCCGCGUCACCACUGCCUUCCUCAUGCAGGGCUGGGGUCAGUUCGUGAACCAGGUUCUCCUCAUCGUCCUCCUCGUCAUCUUCAACAGCGGCAGCGGCGGCCCUCCCUAUAGCACCUCGGCCGCUCAGUAUGCCUUCCGCCUGUCCUUUGCUUUCCCUGCAAUCGGCACCGCCUGGCUCGCCUACUACCGAACCUGGAAGAUGCCCCAGGCCUCCAAGCAGCUGGCUCAGGCCAAGAGCAAGUCCAAUGUCACCGGUUACGAUGUCAAUGCCCUGCGCUACUGCUGCACCCAUUUUGGUGGCCGUCUUCUCGCCACGGCUGGUACCUGGUUCUGCAACGACGUCUUCUUCUACGGCAACAAGCUUUUCCAGGGCCAGUUCAUCAAGGUCAUCUCCAACAACCCCAAGUCGCUCAUGACUACCUGGACCUGGAACCUCGUCAACAUCACCGUCUCGCUCGCCGGCUACUACCUCGCCUCGGUCCUCAUCGACAACAAGCUCUACGGCCGCAAGAUGAUGCAGCAGGUUGGCUUCUUCAUGUGCUUCCUCAUGUUUGUCAUCCCGGCAUUCAAGUACGAGUACUACACUAGCCCUGCCGGCAUCCACGGCUUCCAGGCCAUGUACUUCAUCUCCUCCUUCUUCAACCAGUUCGGCCCCAACUCGGUCACGUUCCUUGUGGCUGGCGAGGUCUUCCCUACUCCCAUCCGUGCCACCGCCCACGGAUUCUCUGCCUGCCUGGGCAAGGCCGGUGCCCUCCUCGCCUCCGUCCUCUACAACUACAUCGACGACCAGACCAAGUUUUACGUCGUUCCCUGGUUCGGCCUCGCAGGCAUGCUCCUCACCUGGCUGUUCCUUCCCGACACCACCGGCCUCGACCUCAAGGAGCAGGAGCGCCGCUGGAACUACAUUCGCCAGGGUAAGGCCCAUGAGUACCACGGCGUCGCCGUCAACCCCGCCCACUUGAGUGUCUGGGAGCGUCUCCGAGGCAUCGGCAAGACGUACGACCCCGAGCUCGACUGGAAGGCCAAGAUUGAGGAUAUGCGCGCCGAGUGGGAGGCUGUCCAGUCUGCCCGCGGCCCCAAGGAGACGGAGCACGAGGGUCACGGAAUGCCCGACGACGGCGAGUUCUCGCAGGAGAUUCACAACUACUUCAAGCGCUCGAGCCCCAAGAACGUCCGCACCGGCGGCGGCGUGCUGAGCGAAAAGAUUGACGAGACAUCUACGAGCUCUAAGUAG